AUGCCAAUUCACUCCCUAACCUCUCACACCACCAUCCUCCUCUUCCUCCUCCUCCUAAUUUCAUCUCCGAUAACCAAAACCAUCGCCGAAAACUCUCACGUCAUCAAUUUCUACUCCCCAAACCUCUAUCCAGAAUCCCUAGCCUGGGACCCAACCAAACAACACUUCCUGGUCGGAUCCCUCCGCCACCGCACCAUCUCAUCCAUCUCUGACGCCGGCAUAGUCGAAACGCUAAUCUCCGACACCUCCCUCCCCGAAAACGUCACCGUCGAAGGCAUAACCGUCGAUUCACGCAACAACCGCGUCCUCGCUGUAAUCCACGCCGUCAAGCCUCUCCCUCCUUUCAACGCCCUCGCCGCAUACGACCUCAAAUCCGGAAACCGUAUCUUCCUCUCCGCACUCCCCGCCAAUGAAGAAGAAGCCCUCGCAAACGACGUCGCUGCUGAUUACAACGGUAACGCUUACGUCACAAACUCCAUCGGAAACUACAUCUGGAAAGUCAAUGCUAAAGGAGAAGCUUCAAUCUUCUCGAAAUCGCCGCGGUUCACCGAACAUUCGGUGGACCCCGACACACUGUAUAGUUUCAUCGGUCUCAACGGUAUUGCUUACGUCAGCAGCGGGGACUAUCUCUUGGUGGUGCAAUCCAAUACAGGGAAGCUUUUCAAGGUUGAUGCGGACGACGGUACAGCAAGGCACGUGCUUAUUAGCAAAGAUCUCACGUAUCCUGAUGGUGUCGUUUUGAGAAGUGACGGUGUCGUUUUGGUGGUUUCGCCGCAAGUGAAUAAGUUGUGGCUUCUGAAGAGUAAUAAUGGAUGGGGGGAGGGUGUGGUUUAUGACGAAAUUGACCUUGAGAGUGAAGGGUACCCUACUUCGGUUGUUUCGAGAGGGAGGGAUAAGAUGUAUGUGUUGUAUGGGUAUUUUAUGGAGGGUCUUUUGGGGAAUUCGGAGCGGGAGGGUUUUAGGAUUGAGGAGAUUAGGUCACCGAAGGAAAGUGAGGGGGAGAAUGUUUGGCUUUAUGUGAUGAUUGGAUUUGGGAUGGUUUAUUUUGUGUAUUGGAGGUUUCAGAUGGGGCAGCUUGUGAAGAGUAUGAAUAAGAAGAUCAAUUGA